UUUCGAUCAUGUGACAUCGUGUGACGAGUCCGAUGAUUUGCUGGAAGCAAUCCUUUCGUGGGUACAAUUUGUAAUUUGAGAUUAGUUGCGAAUGUGGGAGUGUGGGUGGUGAGAAUUUCCCCACACCUGCGCGUGUUGCCGCUGCCUGCCCUCAUGCCAGGCGGGGAAUUCCACUUUUUGGCGUUUGGAGACGCGGCAGCUUUUGUCCCCAGGAGUCGAGACUCUGUGGGUUGCUUUUGGGGUUUUAAGAGACUGCCACUCGUCGAAGUUUUUUUUUGAUUGUGGUAGUGAGCAAAUGUCAAGUAGUGAUGCAAAAUCGUACAAGAGUUAAGAGUGCCGACACGGCGUUUCAGCGUUGGAUUAGGUUUUGCAUUUCCAAGCAGCGCGCAAUCGCUCGCCCUGCGUUGCAUGUUUUCUCGGCACCGCUUGUUUGUAUUGGAAUUGCUACGAGUGAAAGAUCUCGCAUGGGGCGAAGAGUGUGUUUGUAAGGGUCUUUCAGGGCUGUGUGUGUCCACAGAAGCGUCCCCCCCCCCUGUGAGGGACUCUCGAUGACGCCUACCGUUAUCAUGCAGGUGUAGAGCAGUGUGCUUGCCCUGCCUUGGAAAGGAUUUUGCUUCCUUUUUUGAUCCGAACUGAGGUUGUGAAGAUCCGCCGAUGUUGUGACGGGUGAUGAUAUACCGCGUUCUCUUAUCAACUGAAGGGCUCUCUUUUUGGUUUCUGCUCUGGGUUUUUUCAGGAGCUGGAAGAAGCUGGAUGUCUUCUAAGACGGCGCGGCUUGUAUAUUCGUGUCGACUUGGAGUUGAGCAUCGUUACUGCAUUUGGCGACAUAAUUUCGAAUGGCCGCCGACAAUACUCUAGGCAGCAUAAUGUGGCUGGCUGAUGGGCUACUAAUUCGACCCGAGACCUUAAAUGGUGGUAAACCGAAGGCUUUGUCAGACAUUGAUUGGCAUGUCAACAGCAGGAAAGAAUCCCGGGACGUGGACCAGCCUACAGAAUCAGGCAGAAUCGUGCUGCAAGAUGAAGAAAUUCUAACUGAUCUUGAUCACUCAGUGCCUAACGAAUCAAGUAUUAGUAGUAUCCGUCAGACUUUUAAAGGCCAAUGGUCUUCUGACCUAUUAUCAGUCUCGCCGACCCACAGCCCUCGUUUUUGGAGACGUGACACAGACAAUCAGGUCCUACAGGCUGAAUCUCUGGGAAUGUUUUACGAUGAGAAUGAAGUACAUGAGUCUGCAUCUGUGGAAGAAACCCCUUUUCAAAGAUUGGACGCAUCAAAUAGUCAAGAGAAUCGAAACUUCCGUCUUGGGUUGAAUGCACGAUCACUCAUGCCGGACCCCACGACACCACAGAAGAUUCAUCUCCAUCGCAAACGUGCUAAAUUUAUUCCUCUCCUCUCGCGACAACAUCCUCCAAGUGCCAUGGCAGGCGGAUCGUCAAUAGACUACUCCAGUUCAUCUAGCCGUCAGUCAUUACAAUUUGAAAGCUUUCCCAGAGAGGGCUUAUCUUUAGAUCCCUCUUUUAAUCAUCCAUCUCAGUUGCAGGGUAGACGUGAGGAUAGUAUGGAAACUGACAAUGCCGGAGAUGAGGAUAAGGAUGAAAAUGUCGAAGAGGCGAAUGAUAAUGAACUCCGCUUUGGUCUAACCGAUGACUUGCUUCUCAAGGUGUUCUCUUUUCUGGACCAUGUCACCCUCUGUCACGCUGCCAUGGUAUGUCGACAAUGGCGUGCAGCAAGUGCUCACGAGGAUUUUUGGAAAUCAUUAAAUUUUGAGUAUCGCCAAGUAACACAUGCGCAAGUUGCGGAGCUUUGUGCUCGUUAUCCAAGGGCAACAGAGUUGCAUUUGAAGAAUACAGCCAAUGUUGAAGAAGAGCGAGUUCGUGAUGCUAUGAGUUCUCUCAGAAACUUGGAGGUGCUCACAUUGGGUGGAAAUCUCCUAAAUGAGCCGUUUUUCCAAGCACUUUCCAAUUCUACAUCCUUGCGCACCCUGAGCAUAUCGGAUGCCAGCUUGGGAAGUGGAGGUGCUCAAGAAGUGCAUCUACGCCAUGAAGGUCUACUUUCACUGCAAAUUAUUAAGUGCCGGGUCCUUCGAAUUUCCGUCAGGUGCCCACAACUUGAGAAACUCUCUUUGAAGCAAUCUGGGGCCGCCUCUGCUCUGCUGCAUUGUCCUCUUCUGACGAGUUUAGAUGUCACAUCUUGUCACAAGCUUUCAGAUGCCGGAGUUCGUGCUGCUGCAAUAACUUGUCCACUUCUGACAUGUUUGAACGUGUCAAACUGUGCGUAUGUCACGGAUGACACUCUUCGCGAGAUUUCCCUUGUAUGCACAUAUCUACAGAUUCUGGAUGCCUCUCACUGCCCCAAUAUUUCCCUCGAGGGAGUGCGUAUGCCUAUGUUGACAGAGUUGAGGCUGCAGAAUUGUGAGGGCAUCAACGCCUCCUCUAUGGCUGCUCUUUCACAUUGUAUAAUGCUGGAGGUGCUGGCUAUGGACUGUUGUUGGCUGCUCACAUCGGUGAAUCUCGAUCUGCCACAUUUGCGAUCCAUCAGCUUGGCUAACAAUAAAAAGUUGGUGGAGCUUACAUUGCGCAGCCCUUUUCUUGUUUCCCUUGACCUCACCAAUUGUCCCGCUCUUAGCCGCAUCAACCUCUCCUCCAGCAGUUUGCCGAUUCUAGACCUGAAGAAUCAGUCUAGCUUGGCAAGCUUUGUUUUGCAUUGCCCUUGGCUACAAGUUGUAGACCUUUCUGAAUGUGAAUCCCUGACGGAUCUAGUCUGCAACGUUUUCAGCGAAGGGGGUGGCUGUCCAAAGUUAAACACGUUGAUUCUUGACAACUGCGAUGGGUUGGUGAGCGUGAAGCUCCGUACUGCUUCUUUGGAGAAGCUCUCAUUGGUAGGUUGCAAAAAAGUUUUAACACUUGAUCUGUCCUGUCCUGGACUUCAGCACCUUCACCUGGAUGGAUGUAACCAGCUGGUAGUUGCCUCUUUCGCUCCAGUUGGAUUACUGUCUCUGAAUCUCGGCAUCUGCCCGCAUCUGACAAGUCUAGUAAUUAAGGCUGAUCAAAUGUCAGUCUUGGAUUUGCGGGGCUGUGGAAUUCUGUCUCAAGCGUCCAUUGAUUGUCCAAAUCUUUCGUCAUUAGACGCCUCGUAUUGCAGUGAAUUGGGUGAUCUGUGCUUGGCGACCACAACCUCUGCUUGCCCAGCAAUACAACAACUUGUCUUGGCUGCAUGCUCCUUUGUUGGUCCUGCGGGGCUCUUUGCUUUGAAGAAGCUAGUUGACUUGACCGUCCUUGAUCUCUCCUACACUUUUCUUACUGAUAUGUCACCAAUUUUUGAAGCUUGUCCCCGUCUAAAGGUCUUGAGAUUAUCUGCUUGUAAGUAUCUUGAGGAAACAACUCUGGAUGCUUUGCACGGCGGCAAUAAGCUUCCCGAACUUCAAGAAUUGGAUCUUUCAUAUGGCAGCUUGGGUCGAAGGGCAAUCGAGGAUGUUCUUGCUCACUGUCCACAUCUGGUUCACGUAAGCCUUAAUGGCUGUGCAAAUGUGACCGACCAUUUCUGGGCCCAUCUUUGCUCCCAGCGUGGCCUUCUGGAGCCUAUUGAUGGAACGGACACUCUUUCUACGGAUGCAGUUACAGCUGACUCGGACGUGGAUCAGGACGGUGCAUGGGAUGCAAAUUCUGCACUGGAGGUGGUUGUUGGAAACAGGAAUAGCAUUGAGGCUUUUACCCCUGAACGUGCAUUGCAGAGCUUAAGUUGUGUUGGCUGCCAUAAUGUUCGAUCUGUCACGAUAACGGCACAGACGUGCCCUUAUCUCUCAAUCAUCAACUUGUCGCUCUCCAAUAAUAUCCGGGAGAUUUAUCUUGCAUGUGCCAACCUCGUGUCACUUAAUUUGAGCAACUGUGCUGCACUCUCUCUGCUCGAUUUGGAUUGUCCCCGCCUCAUAGCUCUCUCUCUUCACGGCUGUCGAAUUGAGUCUCAUGUGCUCGAGGUUGGCAUUCAGGGCUGUACAAUGCUAGAGACUCUAGAUCUUCGCAACUGUACUAAGAUUACCUUCGCUAGUUUGGCUACAUUUCGUGGUCUCUGCCCCAAUAUCAAACGUCUCUACAGCACUGCCCUUUCAGAAUAGUGGCUGCCAACAUGCUAACCUGUGACCAAUGCAAGGCUUGGUCAGAAUUUCUUGGUUACGAACUUUAUUAUACAUCAAUUGAGGUGUUGUGCAGCGGCCUUUGUAUAAGUAAUUUUGUUAAUCUAUCUACGGACUGUAGUUGUGAAAUUCGGAGUUAGUUUUCAUCUGCAGCAGUUCUUGCAACGCCUAGGUUUCUUUUCCAAGGAUAAGAUAACACACCUUUUUCCUAUUAUACUACCCACCAUGGGGCUUGUGACAGAUAGGCUUACUAAGUCGAGAACCACAUUAGCAUAUACUUACGAAAACAGUUUAGGUAUUCUCUUCAUCAUAUUUUUUUUUCGCCAUGUACACCCUGCGUUUGGUAUGUACAGCGUUCCGAGUGGCACGCUGCUGAAAGGGUGUUUGAGUCGAGAAAAUGUGACAACCAUUUAAUUCACAUAGGUACUCCUUUGAGUAAGAUUAUAAUCAAUGCUGGCUUCAAAGGUGAAACCUGAA